GAUUAAUCGGCGGACCACCAAAAAAUCGACACAAAGUAGGGAGAUGCGACCAAAUUGAAAUUUUAGUUAGUGGAAAUCCGAAGAGGGAGCAACAUAUGUGGAGUUCGUGUGUGGUAUAUGAGAGCGUGAGAUGAAUUUCUAUCCCGGCUUCUAUCCCAGCUAUUUGUGUGAUGCGAAGAAGAAGGAAACGAGUGCUAAAUCGGAUACGGGGUAUGCAAGUGGCGAGAGUUCGCUGGAAAGUGACGAUGAAAAGGAGUUGAAUCAUGUUCUGGAGCCGCAAAAUGCCAAUUGUGGGCCGAGGAAGUGUCUGGCUUGGGCUUGUAAGGCUUGUAAGAAGAAAACAGUGGCGAUUGAUAGGAGGAAAGCGGCCACUUUGAGGGAGAGGAGGAGGUUGAGGAAGGUGAACGAAGCGUUUGAGGUUCUAAAACGUCGCACCUGCAACAACCCCGGCCAACGGCUCCCUAAAGUAGAGAUCCUCCGCAGCGCCAUCGAGUACAUCGAAUACCUGGAGGAGAUCCUCCAGGGAGCAAAGUCACCCUCCGAAGCCGAAAACAUCAUCUCAACAACAUCAAAUUACGUUAACUGUCCGUCGUCACAGUUCGUGUCUGAUCGGCUGCACGCCUUCGGCUCGCCCUUAUCUCGCCUUCCUCCGCCAAAUUCAGGCUUUGAAAGCGGCUCGACUGCCUCCAGCUUGGAUUGCCUUAAUCUGAUCGUCCAGAGCAUAACGAACAAGAAAACCCCAGAGAAUGAGCCCACAUGACGACGCCCUGGAGACCACGUGAUAAUAAUUUAUUUGACAAUGAGUACAAGCGUAUUUUUAAGCCAAUAAAGUGAUUUUUCGCAAAAGCGUU